AUGAAGUUCCUCGGUCUCGCAGUUACCUUCCUCCCCCUCCUGGCCGCCGCUGCCCCCGUCGCGGACCCCGAAGCCGAAGCCGAAGCCGACGGAGAGUUGAACCUUGAAAAGCGCGCAUCAGCGCGGACUUGCAAAAUCGUCAAUGUCGACAACUAUGUCAACUGCCGGUACGAUGCGAAAUUAGAUGCAGGCGCAAUCUUUGGAUUUCCUAAGGGAGAUAAACUCACCUUUGCGUGCUGGAAGCAUGGCGAUUGCUUCAAUGGGAUUUGCUCCUGGGAUCAAGUUACAUAUCUGGGGACAACGUGCUACGUCAAUGGGUACUUUACGGAUAGUAAUUGCUCGAGCAAAAAACUCCCCAAAUGCAAAUAG